CAGUCAAAACAAUUUCUACCAAUGUCUCAUCAACAACUUCAGUGGCGUUUGUAAUAAGUUGUAAGAUAUUAGUGGAAUUAUAGUCAUGCUUAAAUAAAAGCAAUCGUUCAAAUAAAUGAUUUAAACCAUGUUCCGGACACUUUGUAUUUAUAAAGUCGCAAGCAAAUUCUUUAAGAGUCUUGAGAGUCAAUGUACUGCUUUCAACUGUAACAGUAUCACGAGUUAAACCAAACUGGAAUAAAAAUGUUAUUUCUGGUCCCUCCAUAUUAAUUGUUUUAUCUAAAUUCCAAUUAGUAGAUAAUCGAAAAACCUAUUAAAAUAUCGAGAAUAUUGGUGAAAAUUUAUUAAAAACCUAUGAUAUAUCAUAGAGAAAUUUUAAACGAAUCAAUGAAUCUAUCGUUUUACAUAAAUAAUUUUCUCUACGCGUGUGUGUAGACACGCGCAUGCGUCCAGAAAUAGUAGUAGCGAAGUAGCGUGAGAGUUAGAUACUGUCGCAAACGUGGAGAGGUUUUGACACGGGCGAAUAUACUUAUGAAUGUAAUUUUUAUUUAAGCAUAAUUUCAACAAAAAUGACUUACAAAGUUACAGUUGAUCCUAAAAAUCCACCGAUAGAUGCAUUAAUAGUAGUAGAAAUAAUCAAUUCCCAAAAUAAAGAAAAAAUUGAAAUAAUUUGGUGCAGCGAUUGGAAGUGCGAUGGAAAUAUACAACUAACUGAUAAUCGGAAUAAAGUAUUGGGAAAAAAAAGCAACGACGUUAGUCGUUACUUUGCUAGAACUAUAUGUACAAAUCUUUAUGGUGGUGUCAAUCCUUGUGAGAAGACUCAAGUUGAUCAUUGGUUAUCAUUUGCAAUUGGACCUCUAGGAUCUUAUCCUUUGAAGGAAGAUGCACUUUCUUAUUUAGAUAACACAUUAACCACAAAUACUUGGUUGGUCUCUAAAAAAUUAACAAUUGCUGAUAUCCAUAUAUUUUGUGCUCUUGUAGAUAAGAAAUUUCUGACACAGUUUGAAAAAGAAUUUAUUAGUAUAACCAGAUGGUACAAACAGAUGCUUUCGUUGCAAACUGUGACAGAAGUAUUAAGUUCAGUUGAAAAGAAUGCUAUAUCGUCUUCUGAUAAUAACGCACCAUCUGAAAAAACUAUGACUAAACAAACAGGACAAAGAAAACAGGAAGGUAAAUUUAUUAAUUUGCCUGGCGCAGAAAUGGGUAAAGUCAUAGUACGUUUCCCACCAGAAGCAAGCGGCUACUUACACAUUGGCCAUGCUAAGGCUGCCUUGUUAAAUCAAUAUUAUGCACAAAAAUUUCAAGGACAGCUCAUCAUGAGAUUCGACGAUACAAACCCUGCAAAAGAAAAUGUAGAAUUUGAAAAAGCUAUUUUAGAAGAUUUAGAGUUACUGCAAAUCAAGCCAGAUAAAUUUAGUCAUUCUUCUGAUUAUUUUGACUUAAUGUUGGAGUACUGUGCCAAAUUGAUAAAAGAUGGCAAGGCAUAUAUAGAUGAUACACCAGCUGAUAUAAUGAAAGAACAACCUAUUGAAAAGAAUCUUGAAUUAUGGAAUGAGAUGCAACAAGGUUCCGUUAAAGGCCAGGAAUGUUGCGUCAGAGCAAAAAUUGAUUAUCAAUCGACAAACGGAUGUUUACGAGAUCCAACGAUUUAUAGGUGUAAACUACAACCGCAUCCUCGUACUGGCGCAAAAUACAAAGUUUAUCCAACGUAUGAUUUUGCUUGUCCUAUCGUCGAUGCUGUUGAAAACAUUACUCAUACUUUGCGUACAACAGAAUAUCACGACAGAGAUGUUCAAUUUUACUGGAUAAUCGAUGCACUAGGAUUGAGACGACCUUACAUAUGGGAAUAUUCACGUUUAAAUAUGACACACACAGUUUUGUCAAAAAGAAAAUUAACUUGGUUUGUCGAUCAAGGUUUAGUCGAUGGUUGGAAUGAUCCACGUUUUCCAACAGUAAGGGGUAUUUUGAGAAGAGGGAUGACAGUCGAAGGAUUAAAACAGUUUAUCAUUGCCCAAGGUAGUUCAAAGUCUGUCGUUUUCAUGGAGUGGGAUAAAAUAUGGGCAUUUAACAAAAAAGUCAUUGAUCCAAUCGCUACUAGAUAUACCGCUUUAGAAUCUGAUAAACUUGUAUCCCUACAUAUAAACGACGCGAAAGAGGAAUGGUUGGCUGUUCAGAAUCAUCCGAAAAAUAUAUCAAAAGGAACUAAACAAGUAUCGGUAGGAUCACAAUUAUACAUAGAAAGAAACGAUGCAAACUUGUUGAUCGAAGGUCAAAAUAUUACCCUCAUUAAUUGGGGUAACGUAUUAAUAAAAAAAAUUGAAAAAGAGAAUAACGUUAUCAAACAAAUAACAGCACAACUAAAUUUAGAAAACAAAGAUUAUAAAAAUACAUUAAAAAUUACAUGGUUAUCGGCAUCUUCUGAAAAUGAAGAUGACGUUAAUAAAGUUAAUCUAAUUCCAUGCUAUACCGUUUACUUUAAUCAUAUUAUACGUAAACCAGUAUUGGGAAAGGACGAUGAUUACAAAGAUUUUGUUGCAAAAGAAACGAGAACUGAAGUACGAAUGCUCGGAGAAGUAGCAUUAAAACGUGUCGAAAAAGGAGAAAUAAUUCAGUUACAAAGAAAAGGAUUUUUUAGAUGCGAUGUACCUUAUGCUGCUAUCAGUCCAUUUUCCUCUAGAGAACAGCCUUUAAUAUUAUUUUACAUUCCAGAUGGCCAUGCUACAGACGUAACAAGGUCUACCGAAACUACAUCAAAUAUUAACAAAUCGACACCAGUUAAAGAAAUAUCUCAAGAAAAUAAACAAAUGCUAAAUGCAGGUUUACUGGAUCAAAAAAUUAAUCAGCUAUUAGCUAAAAUAUUGUCUAAAAUUAUCGAACAAACAGAUUAUAUACAAUGCAAACGUACAAUUGAUCCAGAGAUAAAAGCUUAUUUGGCUUUAAAAGUUGAAUAUAAAAAUAUAACUGGUAACGAGUGGAACGGAAUAAAAGGUCAAAAUAUAGCACAAAACAUAUCAAUAGAAUCACACGUUAAUCAAAAAUUAUUUAACGAAAUUCAAAAACAAGGAGAUAAAGUAAGACAUUUAAAAAGUUCAAAAGCAGAAAAAAGUAUCAUCGACGAAGAGGUGAAGAGACUUUUAGCUUUAAAGUCAGAGUACAAAUCAGUUACCGGUCACGAUUGGAAACCGUCGUCCGCUAAUCCAGCAAGCACUGUACCUCCAGAAAAAAUACAAAAACAAGAAGACGAAGCGAGACAAUUGAAAGAAGCUAAAGCAGAUAAAGAUAUCGACGAAGAGGCAAAGAAACAUUUAGCUUUAAAGUCAGAAUACGAAUCAGUUACCGGUCAAGAUUGGAAACCGUCGUCCGCUAAUCCAGCAAGCACUGUGCUUCCAGAAAAAAUACAAAAACAAGGAGACAAAGUAAGAGAAUUAAAAGAAGCUAAAGCAGAUAAAAGUAUCAUCGAUCAAGAGGUAAAAAUUCUACUAGAUUUGAAAGAUAAUUACAAAACAUUAACCGGUCAAGAAUGGAAGCCAAUAAGAUCCGACGUAACGUCCAAGAAGAAGAAAAAAGAAGAUACUUCUAAACAAAAGAAUACAUCGAACAAAGAAACAAAUAAGAACGAAGGUAUAAAAGAUGUAGAUGUCGGUAAAACGAGAUUAGGAUUAGAGGUAAAAAAAGAAGAAAAUUUCUUCGAGUGGUAUUCUCAAAUCAUUACCAAAAGCGGCAUGAUCGAAUAUUACGAUGUAUCCGGUUGUUACGUUCUUCGUCCAUGGAGUUUCGCAGUUUGGAAAAUAAUAAAAGAAUACAUUGACAAAGAAAUAACACAAAUGGGCGUGCAAGAAUGUUAUUUUCCUAUUUUCGUUACGCGCACAGUAUUGGAGAAAGAAAAAGCGCACGUAGCAGAUUUUGCUCCUGAAGUUGCGUGGGUAACGAAAUGCGGAGAAUCAGAUUUAGCAGAACCUGUUGCUAUAAGACCAACGUCAGAGACUAUAAUGUAUCCUGCUUAUGCCAAAUGGUUAAAAUCCGAUACUGAACUUCCUUUAAAACUUAAUCAAUGGAAUAACGUAAUAAGAUGGGAAUUUAAAGAUCCUAAACCUUUCCUACGUACGAGAGAAUUUUUAUGGCAAGAAGGUCAUACCGCAUUUGCUACUAAAGCCGAGGCCGACGAAGAAGUUAGGACGAUUUUAAAUAUGUACGCGAGAGUGUACGAAGAUUUGUUAGCAGUACCUGUCAUCAAAGGUCGUAAAACUGAAAAGGAAAAAUUUGCCGGCGGUGAUUACACCACCACGGUUGAAGCUUUUAUUUCAACAAGCGGACGCGCUAUACAAGGAGCAACGAGUCAUCAUCUCGGACAAAAUUUCUCUAAAAUGUUCAAUAUUCAAGUAGAGGGUGCCACAGAAGGGGAUGAAAAAACAUUUGUUUAUCAAAAUUCAUGGGGCCUGACAACUCGCACAAUCGGAGUUAUGAUAAUGAUUCACGGAGACGACAAAGGCUUGGUAUUACCGCCAAAUGUAGCUUGCAUUCAAGCCAUUAUAGUGCCUUGCGGUAUUACAGCGAAUACAACGGCCCAACAAAGAGAAUCAUUAUUUUCCGAAUGUAACAAAUUAUUAGACGAAUUGUCGAAAGAUAAAACGCUCAGAGUUAAAGCGGAUUAUCGUAACAAUCGUACUCCGGGUUGGAAAUUUAAUCAUUGGGAACUGAAAGGUGUACCUGUAAGAAUCGAAUUAGGCCCUAAAGACUUGGAAAAGAAUCAGGUCACUUUUGUACGCAGAGAUAAUUUUGAAAGAGUAUUCACGAACAGAGCUGAAGCAGUCACUGCUUUACGCGCGUUAUUAAUCGACAUACAAGCAAAUAUGCUUUCCAAAGCAAGAGAAAACUUAAACGAGCAUGUCAAGCGCGCAGAUAGUUGGAACGAAUUUCGUUUUUAUCUCAAUGAAAAAAACAUAUUAUUAUCGCCGUUUUGCGGAGAAUCAUCUUGCGAAGAUAAAAUUAAAUGCGACAGUGCACGAGAGGGGCUUGCAGGAGAAGAACUUGGAACAUUAUCAAUGGGAGCAAAAACACUGUGCAUACCAUUCGAACAACCAUUCUCGUCAGUGCCUUUCGAUAAACAAACAUGCAUACACCCCGAUUGUCAGAACAAACCCAAGUUUUAUACCCUUUUCGGCCGUAGCUAUUGAAAUAACGCAACGUGGAUGUAACGUGAGACAAUUAUUACAAUAAAAAUUUCUUUGACCAAAUUUUUUACGUACAAUUUUAAAAUAACACUUAUACGAAUUGAUAUUUAUAUACCGGUAUGAUCAACUUUAUUUUAUAAUUUGUACUUUACAAUUAUUGUAAUUAUAACGUUUAAAAUUUAUUUCCACAAUCAAACUUUAAAUAAAGUCAUAUAUUCUUAUUCGUGAUUAAAUUGUAGAGAAAUACGAACAACUGUCUUUUAUGCUACUUUAAAAUCUUUCUCAUUCCUAUCUUCAGAUUUGUUAUUCGCAUAAUUUUUACGAAACAAUAUACGUUGUACCAAUUCAAUCGGAUCGUGAGAAUCGAUUUUCAAGCUUUUCUCCACACCGUGUAUCUCACAAGUAUUCCGUAUCACAUUAUCAAAGUUUACACUUUGUUCGAUAUUACUAAUACCUUCGUCAUAAUUGUGAUUACAACUUGCAACGGCAUCGAUAUUGUUUUUAGCGUCACCAAUUAAACCGAUAGUUUUAUAACUUUGUCCAUCGACUAUUUUAGAUCUGGGAUGGAUUAAAUUUCCAUUCUCACUUUGAUCAUCAUUCACAGAAUUAUUUGUAUCCAACGUUGCGUUAAUUAGUAAAUCAUCUGUUGGAUUUUUAUAAGGAAUUGUCAAUGUUGGAUCUAGAUUUUCUUUUAUAUCAUCUUGAUCAUUUUUAGAUCGUUCAUUAAUAAAUGCGGUUGUGUUUUUGUCAUUGUUAUAAAUAUUUCCAGACACGAAGUUUGAGAAAGUAUCGUUCUGCGUUUUAAAAAUUUGCUCAACGGUCUUUUUUACCGGCGUAUCAAACGUGGUGUUCUUCUUUCCGGUAGUUUCCAUGUUAAUAUUUACAGAAUAUUUAUCAUAUAGAAUCACCUGCAGAUUAUCUACAUUACGUACAUGAAACUUAAGAUCACGCAAGCACAUAUAUUCCGGUAUUAAUCGAGGACAAUCACUGUUUAUGGUUUCAUUUUUGUCUCGCCAACACAGAUUGUGAAAUUUAUUAUUCGAAGUU